GCGCCGUCGUUUGUUUCGCGGAAAUCAAGUAAACCAAGUAAUUCUGCGCAAGUAUACACAAGUUUAGAGGAGAGAUAGGCUGCGUAGAAAUCGACGAGUUUUACAUGUGUUUGCACUCACUUAUAAGAAUAGUUUGGUAUGGAAUCAAAAUUUAAGCAGACAAACAAGGAUGAUUAUACCAAAAGAGAUCCUCCUAUUUUUGUUAAGGAUAUCAGUGGAAAUGAGUUUGAUGUUUUUAAGCGAUAUUACGAAGUUAUCUUAAAUAAUGGGUUUUUGCUAAGAGUAAUAAACGAAUGCACUAACUUAAAUGAACCGUGCAAUUUAGACGAAAAUGUGACUUUGGGAAACUCUGAUAAUUAUCUGAACACAAAAGCUGAAACAAUAGAAAAUCUAAACGACGGCAUUCAUCACGCUACGAAUAAGGUGGCAUUGAGAUAUGUCGAAAAAGAAUUUAACACGCCAAGCGUUCAGCUGACGGCCGUUCAGAAUAUUCGGGUUUACGAGCCCAUCAUUUCGGAACCACCUGUUGUGUUGCAAGUUGUGCCAUGUUGCCAGUGUUACACGAACGAGUACUCCCUGUACCGUUGCCAUCAUUGCGGACAGGCUUGUUUGGAGUACGUUCAGUGUCAUCACUGUACAGUCGUAAUUUACUGUUCCAAAAGUUGCUUAGUUACCGCUAACAAUGAGUAUCAUAAAUACGAGUGUUAUGGUUUUCAAAGGCAUUUUUGGUCGAUGGAAAAUACGGACCAUAGUUAUUUAUCAUUUAGAAUGAUGUUAAAAAGUAUGGGUAUUGCAAAAAAACCAAAAGGCCAGCACAUUUUUCCGGAAAUCAACACUUUGGAAUCGAAUUUUUCAAAGUUUUCCGUUUCAAACCUCAACAGAAUACUUUACAAAAUAACCCGAAACAUAGUCUACUUGAUCGAGUACACUCGUUUUUUCCACCUACACCCCGAGAACAUGUAUCAAAGCUACAUGGAGGUGGGAGGUAUGAUGCUGCGCACUUACUGCCAAGCGCAAACCAACGCCAUCUACCUGGAAUACCCGAACCAGGCGGACGGCUAUGGCAUGGAAGUAAUCGGCAACACUGGCAAGGCUAUUUGCCCCUCCAUUGCCACGAUGAACCACUCUUGCCUGCCCAACUGCACCAUCCUUGUUUAUUACGAUGCUAUUCUCGUGCGGCCCAUAAGAGACAUCCAAGCCGGGGAAGAGUUGACCUUGUGCUAUAGCGAAGUGAGUCCGUUUUUUACCGUGACAGAACGGCAUGACGUCACGUCGGCUUUGCAUUUUUUCUCCUGCGAUUGCUUGAGAUGCAUGAAAGAGGAUUAUUUUAAAUACGCUCCUUAUAAAUGCUACACUUGCGAAAAAGGCGGUUUAACAAAUUAUCACGAAGAAGACGAUUGUGAAUAUGCCACCUGCAUUAUAUGCUCCGAUAAUAGUUUAUUUAACAAGCACAGAAAAAUGUUGGAAAUGAUGAGCAGAGCCUGGCAAACAAUGGAUAAGAGCAACGCGAUAAAUAAUUUAAAACUGAUACUGGAUUUAGCGACAAGGAUUUAUCAUAAUGACGCACCCGAACUAAUCAAGUACUACGCCCAAAUUUGCGAUACUUUUUUUGCGCUAUCCGACACAGAUUUUUCUGAAAACAAUAAAGAGAAUUUGGGGAUAAAUUAUGGUGCAACGAAACUACUUUUCAAUGGCAACGGGAACACGGACGAAAACCAAAACAAAACCUCCACAAAAGAUGCCAAUGCAAAGGAAGAAAUACAAGGUUUUCCAAACAGUUUCCUGCAACUGGAAUGCGGCAUAGCACUCUUCAACAUAUUGGACACCAUCGUUCCGGCAGCUCACAAAAAAUACUUAAUCACCAAGAUUGUUUAUUUUGACAGGAUUGUUCAAAAACCACUAUAUUCUUGCGUACGCAACCCUAUGACAGACAAACUUUUGCUGGAUUGGAUGCUUCAAGUUAAAUUAGUUGUAACCUUGGUAACCAUAUACGUGCCCAAAUGGAACGGAAAAAUUUACGAAUUGCUGCAAAAAACCAUUAGAGCCACUGAACAAGUGCGCUACAUAGAACCCCCAAAGAAAAUUGCCAAAGAAAAGGGAAAGUCCACCAAAGGAAAAAAGAAAAAGCACUAGAUUGACCUCUGGGAAAUGUGAUUAAUAUUUUUUUUUAAGAGUUUGUUUUUGUUUGUUUCAGAAUGUUUGUUAAUUUAUUUUUGUACUUUUAUAUCGUUG